GCUUCCCUCUUUCCCCCAAAGGGGUCGCCAAACCGGAUUUUCCCUGCGGAGCCCUCUCCGCCACAGAUCCGACUUGCACUCUUCGCAAUUCCAGAUUCUCUCCAUUUCCAAAUCCAAUUUCUAUCAUCACACAAAUACCAAAAUCCAAUAUAACACAACCAUCCCUCCUUGAACGUCUCUGUUCUCGGUGGGUGCCACUGGGAAAAAUAGAGGCGAUUACUCAAUUUUGAUUCCCCAUUGUUCGUGGUGCGUUUCAGACCGUCUGGUUCUGGAGGUGGAUAAGCCUAUGGGUUUGUGAAGGGAAACUGGGAGAUAGAGAAAGGAAGAAACUUUUGGUGCUCCUCAGGUCUGCUGGAGUCUCUGAACUAGAGGAUUUCUUUCUUUCCUUCUUCCUUAAUGAUGGCUAAGCUUUGUUUGACGGCUUCUCAUGGCUACCCUCCUGGUUCUGGGCUCUUCUUUCACCAAGACCACAACAGGGUUGUCAAGCAUUUAAGAGCUGCCUGCAAGCAAGAAGUUGCAGGAAUUGAUGCAUGUAAGAUGGCAUGUCAACAAUCCAUGGAUAUUAGGAUUAUCAACCCUAUCUACCUAACAUGCUGCCAGGACAAGAGAUGAUGAGACCAGACUCUUUUCAUCUGAAGCCUCAUCAGCAUGAUGAAACAAGAAAACGUAUCACUGGAAUUGAACUGGCCAGCCACUUUAAUACAAGUAUUGGAGAGCCUGUCCUUAUAGACGUGAAAGAUGCAUGGACAGAUAAAGUUCUCCCCGGUGUUGGGAUUGCUGAGCAAUGCGCUAGACACGAUAGAAUAAUGCAGUUCCUCAAAUCUCGGUGGAAUGAAUUGGAAACAGGGGAAUUAGAUUUGUACGAGGUUUCUGAGUUGAUGGGGCUUCGAACACUGCACUUGACCAUGGAUCUAGAUGCAUAUAACCCACCUAUGAGCAUGAAGGGUGAAUUUGAUUUUGUGAAUCCUUUAGUGGACUUUAUGAGUGAUAUGGCUCGUGGGUCAAAGAUUACAAUUCAUCCCGAUGGUCGGCUGCUGUUGAGUGGCACGGGGACGGAGAUCAAGGACAUACUCCCCAUUGUUGCUGAGUUUUACCUAAACAAUGAUUCCACCACCUGGGAAAGACAUUCGGUGCUCAUCCCCCAAUUUAAUAGGUUUGAUACAUAUGAAGCAGAAUUUUCUUCAUUAAACGUCCAAGCUGUGGCUGUUGCACCAUUGAAUAGUCCAGAGAAAGUUAAGGCGAAGCCAUUGGGUAAGAGGAGAAGUGGCAGGAGAGGGGUGAGCAGAGAGCAGGAUCUUUACAAGAGGAACUACUUCCAUGCAUGCGAGAGCCUUCUGUCUUUGAUGAUGAACAAGAAACACGACGGGAAAGUAGCAAUCUUGUGGCUCAAGAAAUCUGGUCCUGAGCUUCCCGAGCUGCUGACCCAGUUCUCUGCUAGCAUUGCUGGCACUGGCCUUGCUGUUCUUUUCUCCGUGGUGUGCAAGGUAGCUUGUGGUAGGGUACCCUUAACCUCAUCAAAGCUGCUCAGCACAGGGUUGGCUUUCGGACUGGUGUGGCUCUCUUGGGCGGUGAAUAAGCUGCGGGACACAAUAAUCCAUGUCAGCAGGAAUGCUGGCAAGGGCCUCAAGGAUGAAGAAGUGAUGAGGAGUGUGGACAGGAGCUUGAAGGAUGUUUACUUCCGAGCUGCGACGUUGCUUGCUGUUGCUGUGCUGAGGGUCGCAUGAAUGGAUUUACCGUAGCACUCGUGGGUUGUGUGCAAAACGUAGUGUCGGGGCCGGUCUGCGGUUAGCAGUUUUGGUAUAGUUGCUUUCUGUUGAUGCUAGGUUUUCUUUUCUAUGUUUUGAACUGUGAUGAUUCUAGCUUAUGCCUCGUAGGUUUUGUGUUUAAUUAAUUAUCCCGUGACAGACAAUUUGUACACAUGCAAAUAAAAUACCGUAGUUUUGUGGUCUCUGCAUCUAGCUAAUGUUCUCGUCUUUACUAAGAAACUACAUAUGCGGUUGAGCAAAGUUGG